CCACUAGUGCGUGAUGACAUGAACAACUACAUCAGCCAAUACUACAGUGAAGCAAGCAGUGAUGCUGGAGCUUCUGGCUUAGGUGCCCGGAUCAUCACCACAGCAGCCAUCGAUGUUCACCUCCCAACCAAUCCAAAUCCCAUCCAGUCUAACCCGAUGCUUGCUAUGGAGCGAGUGGGCAGCGCCGUAAGUGACGCCUCAAUCAGCAUAUCACAGUCCAGUGGCAGCCUAACGGCCCGCCCCCACAGCCUGAGUAGCCACACCCCUGGUUCAUCUAUGACAGACUGCAGCAGCAGCACGGCUCAGGACCUCAGUCUGUGCUACAGCACCCAUCGCUGCUGCCCACCUUCCUUCUCAGGCCAGGACCCCUGCAGGGACCCCAGCAUGGUGGUGCAGGAGCUACUCUGCUCCCUCUCUGAGGACUCCUGCCUUGCUCAAAAGGGCCUGGUAGUGGACCCUGUCAACCUUAAGCUUCCCAGCCCUACUGGCUCAGAAAAGGCCAGCCCUGAGCUGGACAACAGAAUAAACAUCUUCAACCGCAGGAAUCAAGAGGAGAGACGAGGUCGAGGAAGAGGGUGUGUGCUGUUGCAGACCAAGCCUCUGAUCCACCUGCAGGGCAGCACCACCGAGCCGUCCCUGGAGCAGAAGUACCGGCUCCUGGGACCAGCUGACACACCUCUGGGGCACAUGCCUGACACAUAAGCUACAUUUAUACAGAAACAGAGCUCUUUUUGUAGACACAAAACUGAGGACAUACCACAGUGGUCCACAUCAUCUAAAGACCGAAGCAGAGCUACGCCCCCUUUUUAAAGAAGCAUGGCCAACCAUGAGGCAAGGAGGA